UCCCACGGAAUCCCCUCAAAGGAAAUGUAGGCGCGCGGAGCGGCAGAGUGAACCGGUAGACGCUCGCGCGCAGAUACAGGAACGGAAACUAAUAAUAAUAAUAAUAAUAAAAUAAUAAUAAUAACGAAUCAUGAAGGUGUCGAGUAUAGACAGCCGCCAUUUAAAGAAAAUCCUGCGCAAGGAGAGCGGGAAGUGUUUAAUCCUGGACUGCAGACCGUACUUGUCGUUCGCCAGCUCGAGCGUGCGCGGCUCGGUCAACGUGAACCUGAACUCGGUGGUGGUGCGCAGGGCGCGCGGAGCUCCGGUGCCGCUGCGCUUCGUCGUGCCGGAUGAGCAGGCGCUGUUCCGGCUGCGGGAGGGCGGCGUGUCGGUGGUGGUGGCGCUGGAUGAGUGCACGCCGCAUCUCCACAAGCUGAAGAAGGACAGCGUGGCGCGCCUCGCCAUCCACAGCCUCGCGCACCUCGCCAGCUGCGCCAACAUCUGCUUCCUGAAGGGAGGCUAUGAGAGCUUCCACGCACACUACCCCGAGCUGUGCACCGAGGCCAAGCCGGCUCAGGAACACAGCGCACCGGACACGGCGGAAGUGCAGCCCGGGACAGAUUACACUCAGGAUGGUCCAGUGGAGCUGUUGCCCUUCCUCUACCUGGGCAGCGCUCACCACGCGCGCCGACACGACUGCCUGAGCGAGCUGCGCAUCACCGCCUUGUUGAACGUGUCACGGCGAGACUGGCAGUGCGCCGGAGGGCCACAGCGCUAUAAACGCAUCGCUGUUGAGGACAGUCACACAGCCGAUAUCGGCUCACACUUCCAGGAGGCCAUUGACUUCAUUGACGAGGUGAAGCGAGAAGGUGGAAAGGUGCUGGUGCACUGCGAGGCGGGCAUUUCGCGCUCGCCCACCAUCUGCAUGGCGUACCUGAUGAAGACGCAGAGGCUGCGUCUGGAGGAGGCGUUCGACGCCGUGAGGCAGCGGCGCGCCGUCAUCUCGCCCAACUUCAGCUUCAUGGGCCAGCUGCUGCAGUUCGAGAACGAGGUUCUGGCGUCUGCGACGGACAGCAAUAUCGAAAACAACGAUGACGAACACAAGAGUGAUGAGUUCACGAUCGAUAAGAGCUUCGAGUCAUCCGUUUUCUCCUUCCCUACCUCCUUCCUGUCGCCCAUCAAUCUCAGUCCCAUCGCCUCCCUGACUACUUGAAAUAUAAAGGAAUUAAAAAAGACAAUACUUGGUUUUGGCGAAGAAGAAAUUAAGACUGUUUCUACACAACCUCUUCGACAAGAUAUUUUGCCCAGGAGUUCAAACUUGGCAGCAAAAAAAACAAUGUAGCUGAAAUAACAUUUUUCGAACUUCGCCAACAGUCUUUUCAGCUUGUUAAACAACCAGGCAUGGUAACUAGCCAACAUUCUGAAUAGUUAUCGUGCUAGGUGAUAACUACGUAGAAUGGUAAUUAGCUACCUUGCUAAUUAGCUAGCAGAAUAAAGGAAUAAAGGAAUAAAGACAUCACCUGUCAUGUGGUUUGCUACAUAAACAACAUGAACAGAGCAAAUCCAUUUAAACGAUACGUACAUCAUUUUCGUUGUUUUGAAAAGGACAUUACGAUCAGAUUACGAAGCUUUCUGGGUAAAUUUCCUCCUGAAGUCUGCACUGAUGUUCACUCGAUCUCCCUGCCCUCCGAGGGCUCAGCUAACGAACAUUAUUUAAUCUGAUAAAGCACUGGAAGGGCUGUUAGGAUGGCAACAGGGAUUCAGUUUGAUUGUGUUUAAAAGACUGCAUGGAAGUGAGUGUUGUUUUUGGUGUUUGCCUUAGAACACACUGCAAUACAAGCCUUAGUUUAAUGAUCAUUCAUGCCUACUUGUGUCACACUCUAAGGCUUUUCAUAUUAAUUUAUUGAUUUAAAAACAAAUUUCUUUCUUUUUUUUUUUUUUUAUCAAGUGUGAAUCUGUUAAUAAAUGUUUUGUACAUAAAAGUGGA